UCGUCUGGGACGGAGGGCAGAGGGUGGGGUGGAACAAACCGAAGCCUCCAGGGAAAUUCUUCCUCAGCGCCAGUGAGAAUUGCACCCUGUAAGUCAGAAGCAUCCUUCUGACCCAUGGCAACCUUCCUCCUCCUCUUCCCCUUUCUCCUCCCCCCCUCCUUUUUCCAAGCUCCUCUCGGCUCUGUUGCUAUCUUUUCUCCCUGCUGGAAGCAAUCAACACGCAGGCAAUCCUGGCGUGGACGCGAGGACUAGAGGGGGCCUCUCCUCCACCUUGUGAGCUAGCACCGGGGAACUGUGGAAAAGUAGAGCCAUUUCUGGCUUAUCUAGGCUUUGUUAUGGGUCUGACGUGAGCCCACGUCCCGAUCUCUCUCUCUUUCUCUCUCUCCCAACCUCCUCCUCUCCCCCUCCUCUUCCCCUCCCCCCAAUAUCACAGGCAGAAUUUCAGAGAAAAGUGUUACAGUAUUAGGGGGCUGGAGCCCAGGAGAACCACGCAGCCCCAAAGAAUCCCCAGUAGCAACAACUUAGGUCUCGGAAAGCGAGAAAGACGAGGAGGAAGGAAGGGGCCGAUCUGACAAACCAGGAUGCCUUGAGACCCAAUCCAGUACCUGGCUGAGGAUUUUUAUAGCAUUUUCUGUGUGGAUUUCCUCUCCCACCCGCGCCACCCCCGCGGGCUGCACACCUUUUAUUCUGCGGCCGAUCGCUGUUCCAGCCGGGGUGCGUGUCUAUGUGUGGGGGUGGGGGGGCCCCGCCGGCCUCUCGUUUUAUGCUCCCUCCCCCUGCCCCGAUGCCGGGGGUCGUCUAAGGCGCACCAUGGGAGACCACCUGAAGUCGGGCUUCGAAGAGGUGGACGGCGUGCGCCUGGGUUACCUGGUGAUCCACGGCAAACAGAUGUUCGCCCUCUCGCAGGUCUUCACGGAUCUGCUGAAGAACAUCCCGCGGACGACGGUGCACAAGCGCAUGGACCACCUGAAAGUCCAGAAGCACCACUGCGACCUGGAGGAGCUGCGGAAGCUCAAAGCCAUCAACUCCAUCGCCUUCCAUGCCGCCAAAUGCACCCUCAUCUCCCGGGAGGACGUGGAGGCGCUUUACACCUCCUGCAAGACCGAGAGAGUGCUGAAGGCCAAGCGCAGGGGGGCAGGCCCCGUCCAAACGGCCCCCGGGCCGGACCCUUACGCGGCCUUUUGGAAAGACGGCGGCGGGAAACUUUGGCUGGGUUUGAAUGGGGCCGCCGCGCCUCUAGGUAGCAGCAGCAGCGGCAGCAGGAGGAGACAAGCGUGGCGCGCGGCGGCGGAGUCGGGCGCUUUCCUACCGGCUUCGAAUCUACCUCACUUUUGGAGCAAAUCCCCCGGGCGCAGCUCGCCGGGACUGGCCCGCUCCGCUGGCAAAGGGCCGGCAAACUAUGAAACUGCCCCGCUGGGCCCGCGCUACGUCUCCCUGGCCUCAGAGCGGGCUUGUUUUCGGAGCCUGUUUUGCUCCAAGCACCCCCAUUACUACUACCACUCCUCGGCCGCCAUUGCCAGCCAGCCUAAGCUCGCCGCCGCCGCAGCUGCCGCCGCCGCCGCCGCCGCCACCACCGGAGGCGGCCCGUUGGCUUUGGGCUGCCGGUCAAAGAGGAAAAAAGCCGCCGAGGGCCUCUUCACGCCGGACUGCGGGAGACAUCUGCUCCUGGUGCCCCGCGCUUGCAAGCCGGCCAAAGCCGCCUUGUCCGACCGGCUGCCGGGCUUGAACGGCUUCCGGGCGCCGCCGCCGUCGCACCAGCCUUUCCCGGAGACUUCCUACAGCAGCGACUCGGACUCCAGCUCCUAUUCGGAUCACGCGGCCAACGACUCCGAUUUCUGCUCCAGUUUGACUAGCACCAGCAAUUCUGGAUCUUCAGAGGAAGAGGAGGAGGAGGAGGAAGGCAGCUGUGCUUCGGAGUCCAGCGAACUGAGCUCCGACGAGGACGAGGAAGAGGAGGAGGAAGAAGAAGAGGAGGAAGAAGAAGAGGAAGAAGAGAGCAGCUCCGAAUCGGAUUCCAGCUCCGGCUCCAGCCAAGCCUCGGUGCAGAGCAUCCGCUUCAGGCGCACCAGCUUCUGCAAGUCGCCCAGCCUAGUGGCUCCUCAAGCCAGCCUCUUGCCCCAGCCUUCCCCUUCGGCAGCCGACCAGCUCCCCGGCCCCGCGCGGGGCAUCAAAGCCGAAGCGUCGGAGGAGGAGGACUGGAGCAGCCCGACGGCCGGCUGGGUGCCCAAAGUCGAGCCCUGUCUGGACUGUCAGAACCACGCCGGCGGCUUGUGCUUUGGGGAGCUCAGCGUAGCUAGGGGCGGCGGGACCCUCUUAGCUGGCCAGUGCUCCUCCCCGGCGCCUGAUGUGAAGUCUCCCGACCUGACAGCCGUCCCCUGCCUGGUCAGGGCACCCCCGUCGCCCAGCCCAAAGACGAGCCAUGCUUUGCCACAGCCAAGAUUCCUCCGAGAGGCGGGGAUAUGCCAGCCUGCCACCUGGCCUUCAUCUCCUCCUCUUCCUCAAGCUCCUGCAGAGAGCCCCACUGCUGCUCUUGGGGGGCUGCCCAAGGAGUCCCCUGAAGCUGCCCAGACCGAUUGCCCAUUGACCCCCUGCCCGGGCUCUUCCUCAUCCUCCUCUUCCCAAAGCCAGCCAGAGGUGGCGCCGGCUGCGGCUGCCUCCCCCGAGUCCCUUGGACCAGCCCAGCUGUUGCCCCUUGUGCCCAUUGCCCAGAUCAAAGUCGAGGACAGCAGUGCCAACGCCGACUAUGGAGCCGUCCCCGUCCAGAGCCAGCCCCCGCUCAAAUGUGAAGGCAGCGAAGAGGAGCCCAAGCUGGAAGCGGACAGCGAGCUCUCCCCACCGACCAGUCCGACCCAGCUGCCUCAGGACCUUCUCCUCCCAGCCAAGGAAGACCCCGCCUGCACUGACGAGCCCCCCAGCCCUCCCUUGAGCCCCCCGCCGUCGGCCUCUCCGAGCCAGGCCCUCGCUGCAUGCACUUUAGGCGCUGCUGCUGCUGCUGCUGCUGCUGCCGCCAAACCCGAGGACGGGGAGUACAAAUUCGGAGCCCGGGUGCGGAAGAACUACCGGACUUUGGUGCUGGGCAAGCGAGUACUGCUGUCUAGCCCCGCGCCGCUCAAACCAAAUCUGAAAUCCGUCCGGAGCCCCCGGCUGCCUCCGGGGAAACUGCUAGAGGCCCACGACGGCGGCACACUGGAUGACUUGACAGUUCUCAGUCGGCGCAAAAGGGUGGCCGGCAACGUCGCCUCCGCCGUCAAAAGGCCCUUUAGUUUCAUGGGCAACUUUCCCUGCCCGCCCUCCUUAGUGGUUGGCCUCGACGGGGAUUUGUUGCCAGCCUACACCUUAAACACCGCCAAGGAUGCCCAGCCACCUCCCAAGGCCCAUCCUGUCUGGAAAUGGCAGCUGGGCGGGUCAGCAAUACCUCUUCCACCCAGCCACAAAUUCAGGAAAUUUCAUUCAUGAGAGAGAUUGAAUGGGAACUCUACUUCAUGGUUGUCCUUGUGUUGUCCUUGGCCUUUUACUUCUUUUCCUGACCUUGGAGAAUCUAUGCUGGAUGCUGGUUUUUCCCAUCACAUCCGAUAUGUUUUAUUUUUUGGAAUCCUGGUUUAUUCUAUUUUUGGAGGAUGACAAAAAUAAAAUCGGAUUACUAUUUUCUUUGCCAUGA